UUGACAGAUUGUCAAAGUAAGGAUGGUUGAGAAGCUCCAUAUUAUAAAUUUUGAAGACAUAGACUUUUAUUAUUAUUUAUUUGUCGACGUUACCGUCCGGAAGAAUUAGGUAUUUAUACAUGUUUUUACUAUUUACAUUGAUUAGUGAUACAUUUCAUAUCACUAUGGGUGACGUAGAAUCAAGCUUCUAAUCUUCAAAUCUAGGUUUCAAAUAAACUAAGGCUCUCGUUUCAAUCUUCUGUGGGCGUGACGUGAUACAUUUCAGGUCCGUUCUGACAAUAUUCCAUUAUAAGGUAAUCUUGUAGCUCUCGUUCCUAUUUCUCCCGCUACACUUCAAGUUCCUGAUCCGUUCCUUAAUCCAACGUUGCCCAAAAUGCCCAAUUAUGGCUUGACUCGUACAUUAAGCAGUCGAAGUAUCUAAACUUCUGAAAAAGAACAAAUUUGGAAAUGGCUGGAUUCGAACCGACGACCUUCGAGUUACCAUACCAAAUUUGAGCCAAGCGCCUUACCUAUUCGACCAGCAAGGCACUUAACUGCUUUAACUUCUAAACGGCAGUUAAAUUGACAGUUAUUUGAUGAUAUACAUCAACUCCAAAGCACUAUUGUCACCCAGCCAUUGUCUAAGACAAACUCUCAAAUUCUUCUUAUCUUCAAUAUUUUGUCUCUCACAAUUUCCCAUCAGCCUCUCCGAAAUUGGCAUUUGAGAGACAUAAACAGAGAAGAAAAUGAAGAAGACAAGACCGUAAUGUGUACGUGAAAAAUGUUGUGUAUUUGUUACUUUCGUUCCGUUGUUUAUUUGGUGCACACGAAAAAUAACAAAAUUCAGAAAUACAAUCCAUACUGUGACAAGCUAAAGACACUAAUUGUUUCUUAUAAUGUUGAGAAUAUUGAGUAGAAACUUAAUUAGACGUGGAAAUGCUGUCAAUUCCCGAAAUGCUAAGUAUGCCAAAAAUCAUCAAGCUGCUAUUUUUCUAGCGACUUCAGCAAUCAGUGGAUAUUUGUUGCUUCAAGAUUUCAAAGAUCGCGUUCUGUGUGAAGAAAAAGUCGAAGUCAAACUGGAAUUAAAACAGCACCAGAUUAUUCGAGACGAUUUACCAUUUUAUACAGAUGAGGAAUUAGCAAUGCACGAUAACAAGUAUCAUAUCAAGAAAAGUCCAGGAGUUGACACUUUUGAUAUCAUUGGGAAUUCAUGGGAAAUUGAUAGAGAGAAAGGGAUUUGGGUGUCAUGGGGAGUCGGCGUUUAUGACAUAACAAAUCUCAUUGAUAAGCAUGGAACACCAGAAACGACAAUUUUACUUGCUGCUGGCAUGGCAUUAGAUCCAUUUUGGGAAGAUGAGGAAAUGGCAAAACUUCAUGGUAAACCUUAUGUACCCGGUAUGAUGGAAAAAUGUAGAAUUGGGAACAUUAAGAAAACGGAAGAAUAACAAGUUAUAAGUAGAAGCUUUUUGGAGCUUGUUGGUCGUUUUGGAAGGAAUGUUUUGUUGGAAUUUUAAGUGUGGCUGUAUGUAGAAUUUGAUGAUGUUAAUAUUGAUGUUUGGAGAAUCUUGGGACAAUCCGUCAAUUAUGAGAACUGUUUAAAUUCCUUUCUUGAAAAGACUAAGACCCAGAAUAGCCUUGUGUUGUUGCUGUUAAAUUUUUAUUAGUAAAAUCCUUUUGUAGCUUGGAGUAGCUCAACAUUCUACUUCGACAGUUCAGAAACAACUAAUACUUAUCUACCUCAUACCCAGUUGGUUCCAUAUUUGUGAUUGAAUAAAAUUAAGUCAUAUAUCAGCAAAAUUUCCAACAAAGCUCUUCCAAUGUCUGAUAAGAAUCCUACAAAUAUCAAUCAAAUGAUAAUUAAUCCAGGAAUUUAGCAUUUUAUCGGUGUUUCUUGUUGUGAUAUUCAUGACUAAAUAAUAUUAUAAUAAUAAAUAGUAAUUGAAUU